AUGGAGCCCGGCACAGGCCGCAUUCCACGCCGUGCGCCGCCGUCAUGCUUCACCAAAACACCGCUCCAGGUGCCAGUGUCUGCUGGAAUGACAGCAGAAUCUCUGACGCCGCUCAGGGGACCUCCGUUGCAGCCAUCGACGGCGGGGGCGACGGGCGACGGGCGACGGGCGACGGGCGACGAGCGGCACACGACGAGGGCAUCUUCAGCCGCGUCGUGGUUCCUGAGUGGUUUGUUGGCAGCCUCGCAAAUUGCAUGCGCUCAAGAUAGACUCUGGCGCCGCCGCUAUCGCAAAAGCAGUGAAGCGCCAGGUACGCCUUUUGCGCGCUCGAAUCAGCAGCCGGUGCCCCUGUUCGUCGCCAGGAACCACAACCCCACGGCUGACCCAGCCAGCCGCGAGCCGCUGAGAUUGCGUGCAGAACGACCUGCCCCAAAGAGAAACACCACGCUCCUACACCACGCUCCUCCACCACCCCGCCGCGAUGGGGAUGCGUUCAAAGCCCCUCCAGCGCGAGGCUCAACUUUCGAGCACUUCCCGCCAUCUCCGGCGUCUGGAACGCGUCCUCGACGUCUGAUCUGGAACACGUGUGCGCCUGGCCUUCUCCCGGCCUUCGGUGCCACAGGGUUUGGAAACAUAGGACGAAGGACCCUCACAAUUUCCUGACUGUCCCCUCCUCCUCGCUAGCACCUCCAUGCCCAUGAUCGUGGUGAUUUUCGUCAGUCUCGAGGGCUGCGCAAUCCCAUUCCAAUUACAAUCCUAGCGCCCCUGCACGAAACAAGAUGCGUUC